GCAAUAGCAAUUAGCCUAAUCAUUUGCAUAUUGCAUCUACCCCAAAAGCAGCAAAACAAUCUACAAAACUUUCAAGCUUCAAUUACCAAUAAGAAAAUGAAGCAAAGUAUCAUCUUUUCACUUCUUUUAGUACUACUUUCUCCCAUAUUUUCCACCAUCACUUUAGCACAAUCACCUGCUGCAGCUCCUAAACCCCCAACAAAACCAAAACCUGCACCAGCAGCACCAGCUGCAGCACCAGUGAAGCCAUUAGUCCCAUCACUUCCACAGUCACCUACAUCCGAUACUUCUUCGGGCGAAGACAUUGUCAAGAUCCUAAGAAAAGCGAAGAACUUCAACACAAUGAUCCGUUUAUUCAAGACCACCCAAAUCAUCAACCAAGUCAAUGCACAACUGGUGACAUCAAAGACCGGAGGCUUAACCAUCUUCGCACCGGACGAUGGUGCCUUCUCUAAUCUCAAAGCAGGGUUCUUCAACUCCCUAAGCGAUCGCCAACAAAAGGCAUUGAUACAAUUCCAUGUUCUUCCGGUUUACGUAUCAAGCUCAAAUUUUGAUUCUCUUAGCAACCCUGUUUUGACUCUGGCCAGUGAUAGCCCCAAUGGUUACCAACUUAAUGUGACUGCAUAUGGUAACAGUGUGAAUAUCUCAACUGGGGUAGUGAAUGCAACACUCACAGGGAUUGUUUACUCUGAUAAGGUGCUUGCUAUUUACCAUGUUGAUAAGGUGCUUAUUCCCUUGGAUUUCUCUAAGCCUAAGCCUAUAGCUCCGGCACCGGCUUUGGCAAUAUCACCAAAAGCCGAUAAGGAUAACUCCUCUGCAGAAGAUACUGAUCAGGGAGAUUCAACAAAGGAGAAUUCUGGGGCAUUGAAGUUGCUUGGUGUGCAAGGAACAAUGUUGGUGUCAAUUGGUGUUGCUUUUGCUGCAGCACUAACGAUUUUCAGUUGAUGAAGGAUUGAAGUGAAGACCCGUUUGGAUCAUGAUGUUGGUCAAAGUUAUUAGAACAAGAACUGUGCAUGAUUUUUGUGAAUUCUCUAUGUUGUUUGUUUCUUUUUCUCUUUUGGUGUUGAAAGCUGUAUGUGAACCCCUUUGGCUUCUUUCCUUCUUUUGUCUUCCAAUAUAAUUUAAAAAGAAAAAUGAUUGUUUUGUUGUAAAA